AUGUUAAGAUCAAUAAUUAAAACAAAAAACAUAGUUCAAAAAUCAUCAAUAAUAAAUCAAUUAUUUAAAUAUAAAAAUAAUUCUAUAGGAACAAUAAAAGAUAAUAGUAAUAAUAAUAAUAAUUAUUUUAAAAGAAACUUUACAUCAUAUGAUGAAUUAGGUAGAAAUUUUUUAAAGAAUUAUAGAAAUGUUAAAGAUGAAUUUUCAUCUUCAAAACUAUAUGAAAAAAUUAAUGAUGAAAAUAAAGAAUUAUUAAAAAAAAUUGAUUCUAAAAAUUCCUUAUAUCUUUCAAAAUUAAUUACAACAGUUGAAUCAUCAAGAGAAGAUCAUCAAGAACAAAGUAGAAUGAUUAUAUCAUAUUUAUCAAGUUUAGCAAAAGAAAAAGGUACACAAUAUAAUUCAUUUCGUAUUGGUAUUAGUGGACCACCAGGAGCAGGUAAAUCAACAUUCAUUGAAGCAUUUGGAAAAUAUUUAACAUCAUUAGGACAUAGGGUUGCAGUAUUGGCAAUUGACCCAUCGUCAGUAAGAUCUGGUGGUUCAAUUUUAGGUGAUAAAACUAGAAUGACAGAAUUGGCAGUAGACGAGAAUGCCUAUGUCAGACCAUCAGCAACUAGAGGCUCAUUGGGUGGCAUAACUAAAGGAACUUCCGACACUAUCAUUCUAUGCGAAUCUGCAGGAUACGAUAUAGUUAUAGUUGAAACCGUUGGUGUUGGUCAAUCUGAGGUGUCAAUAGACGAUAUGGUAGAUUGUUUCGUUCUGUUAGUGCCACCUGCAAAUGGCGACGAACUUCAAGGUUUAAAAAAAGGUAUUGUAGAAUCUGCCGAUAUCGUAGUGGUUAAUAAAGCCGAUGGCGAAUUAUUACCAAAAGCAAGAUUCACCGUCUCAGAGUACACUUCGGCUUUCAAGCUCCAAAGACCAAAAAAUCAGCAUUGGAUCUCCAAAGUUGUGUCAUGUUCUUCCAUUUCAAAGGAACAUAUCGAUAAAGUUUGGAAUACAAUGUGUGAAUUUAAAAAAGUUAUGAUGAAUUGUGGUGACUUAAAAACUAAAAGAUCACUUCAAAAAGAAACUUUUAUGAAGAAAUUAUUAGAAGAAGAAUUAUUAACUUUACUCCAUCACAAUGAAGAUGUUCAAAAAGUUUUACCUUACUUUGAACAACAAGUGAAAGAUGGUAUUCUUUCACCAACUUUAGCAUCAAAUGAAAUAAUUAAAACAUUUUUAAUUUCUGAAAAAAAUAAACCAAUUAAAUAA